UUUAGUCUAAUAAAUAUUCAACAGUACUUUUUUAUUCAACUACCCUUUCUUCUUGUCAGAGAAACUUUUUUGGACAAUAGGUUGUUACAAACUUCGAUGGAUGAUUUUUGCAAACUAAACACUCUAGUACUCAUUCAGUUGUGUCGGCCAGAUGGUGGUGCUUUAGGAUCGUUUAAGAGAAGCUGAAGUCAUAAGGUGGGGGUGAAAUCACAAGAGGAAACAUACGGAAAUAGAUAAGAAGUGUGAUGGAAAGUUAAAGAAUGUCUGUGGUUCUCCUCAACAACAGCAAACCUAACGCUGAAUAAUGCAGUAGAAGAAAAAAAAUCCAUAGUUUGUAAGUCUUUAAAUGUUAAAAUAUACAUUUCCUUAACACUUAUUGGUAUAAUCUGUUACAGCCAAGUACACUGCAGAGGAAUUUGUCUGUCAUACAGCAAUGACAUGCUGAAUUUAAGGACUUCUAAGUAACAAAUGGGUUUUAAAUUGGGACUUUCAAGAGAUGAUGCCUGAAUUCAUACUUUCUUAGCAGCAGGCAUCAGAACAGAUCUGAUCAGAUUCAAACACAUUAAAGGAACAAAAUUAUGGGGAACAUAUUCUUCUCAUCAAAAUCAACUAAUAGAAUCAAUAUUUCUGUCUAUUGGUGGUUGAAUGUUAUAUCUCCAGCGAGCAUAUCCCACCUUCAGUUUGUUCUUCAUCUCAACUAAAAGCAGAACUACAGUAAUAUAGUUAAAUAUGUCCAAAAUGUUUUGAAUGUGUCAUAUAAAGAGACAAUGACAGCUCAUGGUUCAAAAAUUGAAAUAUUUAGUUAACCAAUGCAUCUUCUUGUUACGUUUGUCAUAAAUUUGGAGAUUGCUAAUUUCACUUCUGUUUUUCAAUGUAGAUGUUAUGAGAAAAUGAUAAUGCCAUUAAGGUUUGAAUUUUAGUACGCCAUCUCAAAUUCUGAAGUCAAGAAUUUCCACACAGUCCCUUAUUACAAAACACUUCAUAUUAACAGCAUACUUUAUAUUAUACAUAGUACAUCAUUAGUAUAAAGAUGCUAAAUGAAACAAAUUAAAUCAAACUGAAACACUGAUGAUAAAGGCCUAAGCUUACAAUAAAUACAUACAACUUGAUGAAAUGUAUACAUACUUUGACUGUGUGUUUGUGAUUGAAGGAAUUUCUUCCCAGCGAUUGAUUGAUCGACUGAUUAAUACAAACUGAUUGCAGGAACCAUUCAUCAGCAGUGAUUAACUUGUACUGUCACUGCCGUGUUUAAUCUCAUCCAGAGAGAUACAGUUAAUGGUUCCUUUGAUGACAGACGAGAUCAGGCCUUCACACUGCCCCGCAGGACUGUCUUUAAAAUGGAAGAGCCAUACCACCUCUCAUUCAACGUUGGGACAGCAGACAAUCUAGAGAAAAGGAAGGACAUCGAUGUGAACUGUUUUAGUUACCAGAAUUUCCAAUUCAAGCACAUUUCCUGUCAUGGGUAACUCAGUGUCCACUGGCUUCAUCACUCCUUCUCCCAAGAAACUGUCCUGGGGGCGCCAGAAAGAGGACAAGGUCAAGCUGGAGGACGUCUUGACACAAGGAGAGGAGGCUCUUCGGAGAGUGAAAGCAAAGCAGAGUUUAUCUGUGAAAAAGGUUCACCUGGCUCGCAGCAUCCGUUACGUGGACCUAGCUCUCCAAGAGAGCGACAGCUUUUAUCCAAACAUGGGAGAAAUGCUGAACCCUGCUUUUGUUGGAGAUCAAGCCUCAUGAAUGACUGAAUUCACUAAUGUCAGUUGGGAUAUUUGAAGGGGUAACUGCCAACAGCCACUGUAAGGCUCCUGCAACAUGAGAGGUGUCACAGAGAAGUUUCACCACAAGGCAGUGGGCGUUAACCUAUGAACAGGAAGGGAGGCAUCAGUGCAAAUUUAAAAAGAGAUAAGUCCCCUUUUAUUUGUGUGGAAUGGAAGCAAAGGGGAACAUAUAUAUUUAUUUGCAGGGGGGAGAACUUAUCAGAUCGAUUGGAUGUGAAAAAAAACAACUUUUAGAGUUUUAGAUAAUUGCAAUUUGAACAAAUAUCAGACUGAGCAAGGCUGAACUGAGCAAAGGAAACCUGUCUCAAUAUCUCUGCAUCUGUGAAACAAACAAAGGUGUAAGGUCUGACCCUGAGACGGUGAGAUGGAUUCUGUCAAAUGGCCCAUGUUUUUUGUGUGCCUUUGCUUUGAAGUUCCUCAAACUGAAGCCUCAUCUUGGACAAUUAAGAUGCCGUCCUCAGUUAAAGGUCUCCCUGGAUCCUGUGUGGUGAUCCCCUGCUCGUUUAACUACCCGGAUCAUGCCAAUAAGAUCACUGAGUUCACUGGGAUGUGGGCCAAGGCGACAAAUCAGCUCAUCUAUCACCCAGACAAGUCGAAAAUGAUGCAGCAGUAUCGGAAUCGGACAGAGCUGCUGGGAGACAUCAGACAGAAGAACUGUUCACUGAAGAUUGAUCCCCUUCAACAAAGUGACCAAGGGCCUUUUCAUUUCAGGAUUGAAAUGGCAGGCUAUGACAAAUUUUCCUACAAAGAGAACACAGUCACCAUUACAAUGAUUAGUGAACCAAAUCCCAUCCGUUUCUCAGUGAAGGAGGAGAUGAUAGAGGGUCAAACUGUGUCUGCGUCCUGCUCUGUGUCUUUCUUCUGCAUCACUUCACCACCUGUCUUCAGCUGGAGUCUCCCUGGAGAACAACAUUUACAAACACAGCAGCUGGACAAUGGCCAAUGGAGAGAGACAUCUACUCUGAACUUUCACCCUACCAGUGCUGAUCACAACAAGCUUUUGCAAUGCAACACAACAUACAAGGGAGGGCAGCAAUACAAAGCAAACAGGGUCCUUAGAGUAAAAUAUGCCCCAGAGAAUGUGAAUGUUAAGCACAAGUCAGAUGUAAAGGAGGGAGAAGAUGUGCUGCUAAAAUGCUUCAGUGAUGCUCAACCUCCUGCCAGCAGCUAUCAGUGGCAAGAUGAAACUGGUGCUCAGCUGCAUCAAGGAAAUGUCUACAAGCUGCUAAAUGUCUCCAGACACACAGCGGCCCUGUUCUGUACUGCCACCAACGCAGUGGGACAAGGCAAAUCAAACCCUGUGCUGCUCAAUGUGUUAUAUGUGCCUGAGAUUAAGACGGUCUCUUCCUGCUCCUCAGAGGCGCAUAUGGUGAAGUGUGUGUGCAUUGUGGAGUCCCAGCCUGCCAGUAUGGUCCAAUUUGUGCUUUCUGAUGGAGUCCUGCCAAAUUUCAAGGUAGAGAAACAUGGCUCCAUUACCAUCGGGACUCUGCAGGCAGAGUUUGGAUCUUCUCGGGUUGUCUACUGUCUGGCAAACAACACGCUUGGCAAGGCCAACCUAACACUCUCUUUACCUGUUAACAGGAAUAUGCAGAAUCUUUGUAUUGGCAUUGCUUCAGGAACAGGCGGGAUUUUGGUGAUAAUUUUAAUAACAGUGAGAGUUUUUAAAAAAUGCAGGGGGAGAUCUGAGAAUGCACCAACACCUCACAUGAGCACCGAGAAGGCAGACAAAGAUGUGGCACUCCCUCAGUUGGCUGCAACUAAAAGAAAACAGAUUAGCGAUGAUGAUGUACCUUGCUCCGGCAUUUAUGCCAACGAUACUGAAUAUGGCAACAUAGGGACUGACUGGGAUGAAGCAAUCUACGCCAAUAUGUAACUUUGUUGAAUUCAUAGGAGGGAAAGCUGCAAUCCCUCUGUUGCCUAACUGAUGUGAGUCAAAAAAGCUGUAAAAAUAUAUAUUCUGUCUUCUGUAAUGACAAGUGUUGCUUUUCUGUCUCCUGUAAUUAACAAAUAUAUAUAUUUUUCAAGUUGUUAACUUUAACUGCUAAUAUGUUUGAUAACUAUUUUCUACACAGCCAAUAACAACACGUGUUGCACAAGUUACUCAAUUUGUAUUUCCUCUUUUGCAGGAGUGGUUUCUUUAUCAGAGUGACAGAUAAGAACAUAGCUAUUGAAGUUACAAAAUGCUGGCUUCCUGCUGAAUAACACUGUAGGGAACAUUACAUGUUGGCUUUUUUUGUGCAUAGUUUUGUACAUACAUUUUGUACAUAGUCACUGUGCUAAUCAAAGCACAACACAGAUGCGCUUAUCAUAUGUGUAUAAAAACAGUUGUAUCAUUAUGUCAAAACACUCAAAGAAGAUUAAUUUCAAUGCCAUACUAAGUGUCUGACUACCUUUGCUGUAAAUGUAUGAGUACAUGCAGCCUCACAGAUUGUAUUCACUCAUUAAUCAAAUAAAACAAGUUACAAAGUGGAGGUAUAAUGCGCUGAGGUCAAUGCGGAAAACCCCUUGGGGCCCUUGCAAGUGUGUUAAUGUUAAAUUGACAGGAAGGCAAAAGGGAAGCUGGUCCCCAUCUCAGCUGCUAGAUCCGAGUACUGAAGUGAUCACACAUUUCAGACACAGUAACACCAAACAUCGCUCUAAUACUCAGCACAAGCCUUGCCUCAAACGAUCAUAAACUGUUCAUAUUUUAUCUUUAGAAUUAAGAAAUGGUGAAGGAAUUUGAAUAUUGCCUGUUGAUUUGUUUUCUUUAACCCUUUGAAAGUUCAACCUUGUAGGUGCCCUGAAAUAUUUUAUAAUCUAAAAUAAUAAAAAAAAAAGGA